AUGGGCCUGCUGAGCUGGCUGAGGCAGGAGACCCGGAUGAAGAACAUGGUUCUGCUUGUUGUUUUCAUCGCCUUGUUUCUGGACCACAUGCUGCUCUCCGUGGUCGUGCCGAUUCUUCCCGGUUACCUGUACGAAGCCCAGAUCCUCUCUUCAGGGAACGGCUCAGACUUCCCACUCAUCGGCCACUUACCACGAUCUGUCGUUUAUACCCCUCCACACCAAAACCCAGGUUCAAACUGCUCUGAAACCGGGGAUCAGCUGGACACAGUGAACAUCAAAGUGGGACUGCUGUUGGCAUCAAAGUCCACCGUACAGCUCUUCAUGAAUCCGUUUGUUGGACCGCUCAUCGACAGGAUCGGAUACCACCUCCCGAUGUGUGCUGGCUUCUGCAUCACCGUCUUGGCGACUAUCUUGUUUGCGUUUUCAUCGAGCUUCAUCUUAAUGCUGUUGGCCAGAUCGGUGCAGGGUGUGGGCGGGUCCUGCUUGUCUGUUGCAGGAAUGGCGAUGUUAGCCGAUAUGUACAAAGAUGAGAAGGAGAGAGGGCGUGCCAUGGGAAUAUCUUUCUCUGGUUUGGCUUUGGGGUUGAUAGCGGGUGCACCUUUCGGCAGCUUGAUGUAUCAGUUUGUGGGGAAGAUGAGUCCGUUCCUGGUCCUGGCAGUCGUUGCGGUUUUGGGUGGAGGUUUACAGUCACUGAUCUUUCAACCAUCACAGGUGCAAACAGAGAAGGAAAAAGGGACUCCUCUGCUGACCCUCCUGAGGGAUCCAUACAUACUUAUAGCAACUGGAGCAACCUUUUUCACCACGUUGGUCAUUUCAGUGAUAGAGGCAGCCCUCCCUAUCUGGAUGAUGAAGACCAUGUGUGCAAGCAAAUGGCAUCUAGGCAUCGUCUUCCUGCCAGACAGCAUAUCAUACCUCAUAGCAACAAAUAUCUUUGGUCACCUGUCACAGAAAUACAACAAAAGGUAA